GGAGGCGGGGCAGGGGCGGUGGAGCAGGGGAGGCGGGGCAGCGGCAGUGAGGAGGGAGCGCCCGCCGCCGCCGCCGCCGCCGCCGCCGCCGCCGCCCCCUGCGGCGCCCCCUGAUCUGGAAGUCCAGGGGAGACCCCCCGAGGCCCUCGGAGGUGCUCACCGAGGGGGCGACGCAGAAGUCGACUGGACGGCUGCACGUAGACCUGGGGACAGGUGUGCUGACUCGGUCUCUCAGAUGAGAUGCCGUGCAGGGCCCCACAGCCCUAUGUUGGCUCUUGGGCACCUUUGAAAUAAAACUGAGGACGAUGUGUCUUGUGAGUGACGGCGGGACACCAGAGGGCGUCUUCAACCUGGACUACACCUCAUGGGAAACUCGCUGGGCACUGGCGGCCACAGGGUUUGCCUUUUACCUGGGCGUCUUUGUCAUCUGCCACCAGCUGUCGUCCUCCCUGAACGCCACUUACUGCUCCCUGGUGGCCAAGGAGAAAGUGUUCUGGAACCUGGCGGCCACCCGGGCCGUGUUUGGUGUGCAGAGCACUGCAGCGGGCCUGUGGGCUCUGCUGGUGGACCCCAUACUUCAGGCUGAUAAGGUGCAUGGUCAGCAGAACUGGUGCUGGUUUCAAGUGGCCACAGCAACUGGCUUCUUUUUCUUCGAGAACGUGGCGGUCCACCUGUCCAACGCACUCUUCCGGACGUUCGACCUGUUCUUAGUGACCCACCACCUCUUUGCCUUCCUCGGGUUUCUUGGCUCAGCGGUCAACCUCCAAGCAGGCCACUAUCUCGCCAUGGCCACACUGCUUCUGGAGAUGAGCACCCCCUUCACCUGCGUGUCCUGGAUGCUCCUGAAGGCCGGCUGGUCCGACUCCCUGCUGUGGAAGCUGAACCAGUGGCUGAUGAUCCACAUGUUCCACUGCCGCAUGGUCCUGACCUACCACAUGUGGUGGGUGUGCUUCUGGCACUGGGACGGCCUGGCACGCAGCCUGUACCGGCCCCACUUCGUGCUCUUCCUGGCGGGGCUGAGCCUGCUCACGCUUGUCCUCAACCCCUACUGGACCCACAAGAAGACCCAGCAGCUGCUCAGCCCCGUGGACUGGAACUUCGCGCCACCGGACACCGGGGCCAACGGCCCGCGGCUCCCCAAGAAGGUGCAGUAGGUGCGCUGCCGCACUGUUUCCAAGACCCCCAUCUGCCCACAGCCCAGGUGUCGCUGGCACGGCGAGGGGGCCGCGGGGCCCCGGGGCCAGUGGGGAUCUCGGGCCGGAUGGAAGGCUGCAUGCAGUGCCCCGCCCCCCCCGGUGGCCAGGCGGCCAAAAGACAUGGUGGAGCCGAGCGGUGCCGGCUGAACCCUGUUGUGCUGUUUUACCACCAAGGACUCUAUAUUAGAACAAGAAUUUGUGUUCAUAUUUUAUUGCUCAAUUGACAAAUAAGGUAGAUGUUGGGUACGCAGACUUGUCUGGAUUUUGGAUUCAUUUUUAGUUGAGUUGCUUAUAGUUGCCACAACUAGACCAUCAUUUCCUGAUGGGUGUUUUUCAGUAGAUUCCAAGACCAGGUGAUGACCUAGUUUCCCGACGAGCUGUCCUCGGAGAUGCGCAGCUGUCCGCAGAGGCAGCCCUGCAGCCUGCUGCCCAUCCUCCCCCGCCCGGUGGCAGCCCUGAGUUGGGCCUAGGUAGUCUGUAGGCAAGCAGCCAGUCUGUUGGCAGCUGUGCAGGGAUACCCUCCUCCCAGGAGCCCGCAGCAUAUCACUUCCCUCUCACAGAAGACCUACAUCAGUUCCUGUCUCCGUGAGCGGAGAGCAGUCCUGGGAGGUUCUCCCUGAGGACCCCACCUUACCCCGACUUGGCCAGCAAAGGCUUCAUAGGAACGCCCCAGUUUGCAUAGCAGGGGACCUGCAUAUGCAUUUUAUUCUUGACCUGAGUGUGCACUUAAAACUAGAAGUUCGUUCUUAUCCAAAGCACCUUGGAAGUUUUUGUGAAAAACAGGAGUUUACUGGUCAUGAAAAUCACAUGUGACUGCUUAUGUAGCAAGGAGCCCAUGGCGUAUUGUGAUUACAGAGCUCUGACUUCAUUAUGUUUAGGUAAAGAUACAUAAUACCUCUUAAGAAGUGAUGCAAACCUUAAAGAUACCCAGCAAAUCAUGUCCCUGCUAGGAAGACUGCUCACUAACUGGCCUGUGCCCACACACCCUUCCUUGCGGAAGCAGAGGUCAGGGGUUUUCCAGGUGAGCAGAAGUUUAAUAAAGUAACUGAUGUUUACAGAU